AUGCGAAUUGAAGUUUUCAAUCGAUUGCAAAUAGGGAACUGCCUAUUAUUCCUGACUUUCUUUCUGAAAUUGGCCCUCGGCAAGCUAUGCGCCGACGGCACCACCCAGGAUGACUGCGAGCGGUAUCGCUGUGAUAGCGUAGCAGGUAUCCAACACUCGCCGCUGGAAUAUUCGAGUCGAGCGGGGCGAUCGAUAUUUUCACAUCCUUGCCGAUGUCUCCCCGACUGGAAUAGUCUAUUCUGUAAUCAGAGCACAGCUCUAUUAAAUCUACCUCCAACUUCCCAUAUCAGCCCACCGACUGUUUGUAUAUGCAGAAAAUUCUCCGACUCAGGAAGCUACUGCCAUCAAUUCAUUACGCGAUGUUUUAGGCGCGGUAGCGGGAAAUGCAACUGCUGCUUCAACCAGCCCGACGAGUAUUGUGACCACGUGAAAUGUUCGAAUUUACAGCCGGAUUUUGGCGGUUCAAAUACGACCUGUGUCUGCUAUUCAAAUCCGGCUGAUUACCCUAUGCAAGUUUGCGGGAAGCCCCAUAAUCGGAUAGGGUCCAAAUGGAACGCUUGGAGGGAGGCCAAGGAGGCUGAGGCGGCUUCGUGGCUUGAUUUUGACUCGCCGUCAUUCCCGACCUCCCUAUCGUUCAUGCUCAUCCUCGGAUCGUUGCUGCUAAUUUGCGUCCUAUUGAUAUUUGUCGCUGUCAAUAGUCAAAGAAGAAGGCAGAAGCAGGCCAGAGAGCGGAGGCGCGCCGACCAAAAUGGCAAUGGCAACGGACAGCAACCGGAAGCUUUAGAGACACUGCUACCUCAAAAGCGGCCAAAGACGGCCGAGACCCAAUUCAGU